AUGGCGUCCACAGCAACCCCUCCACCGGCGUCCUCCCAAGAGUACACUUCCGACUCGGCCCAGGGCCAACCAGCAGAGAUGAGCACGACCAUACGAUACGAUUUUGGGAAGCAUGGAGUGGUAUCUGCUGUCGCCAGAUCACACUGCAACCAGGCUGGGCAAAAACAAGUCAAUAGGCUGGCUAUCAGCCCCAACAAGGCGUUCGUUGCUGCUGCAGGAAACAACACGGUUCGCAUUUGGGAUAUCUCAUCCAUGUCAAACACUCCUAUAGCAAGCUUGGAAGGACACAGCGGUAACGUCGUUGCGCUCGCCUAUAGCGCUCUAGGGAAAUGGAUCGUGACUGGCGGUGAAGACGGAUGUGUCAAAGUAUGGGAUACCCGGACGGCGCAAACGCAAAGAAUGUACACGCACGACUGCCCAGUGAACGACGUUGUGAUACACCCGAACCAGGGAGAACUUAUAAGUUGUGAUCAGUCGGGAAGUGUCAAGAUCUGGGAUUUGGCAGAGAAUAGCUGUACACACGAGCUUGUUCCGGACGAGGAUGUUCCUAUAAGAACAGUCUGUAUAUCAUCGGAUGGGAAUACCCUGCUAACCAUCUCUCAGGGCAUGGUUUACGUCUGGCGCAUCAUUCCCGUCCCCAAUGCCAACGCCAACCUCAUCCCCGUAACCUCGUUCCGCGCCCACACCAAGUACAUUACCCGCUGCAUCUUAUCCCCCGACACCAAAUAUCUCGCCACCUGCUCCGCCGACCAUACCGUCAAAGUUUGGUCCACCGCGGGGAUCGAUUAUACAUUGGAAAAGACGUUGGUGGGGCAUCAGAGAUGGGUUUGGGAUGCUGCUUUUAGUGCGGAUAGUGCUUAUUUGGUCACUGCGUCGAGCGAUCAUGCUGCGAGGUUGUGGGAUUUGAGCUUGGGAGAGACUGUGCGGCAGUACGAUGGACAUCACAGAGCGGCAGUCUGUUGUGCCCUGAAUGAUAUCAACCUCGCCUAG